AGCUUAAUACAAAUUUCCCAGAAACAUCCAAUACAAAAACCUUCACGCGUUCCUUUCAACUUACCCAUAUUUUUUUUGUGUAUAUAUAUAUAUAAUAAUCAAAAUCUACAAACAAACCCUAUAAUUAAUUCCCCCAAAUUUUCAUUAUGUCAUACUCAAAUUACAACCCAACAGCCCCGUCAGCACCUCCGGUACCCGAAUCCCAUUCAAAACCUGGUGUCGCAUAUCCUUACCAACCACCUCCACCGCCAUCCUCCUCAUCUCAACAACCACCACCACCUAAUUAUUACAAUAAUAAUAAUAGUAAUAAUUAUGGACAGCCGCCGUCUUAUAAUAAUACUACCGGCUACGGUGGUGGUGGUUCAUAUGGAUAUCCAUCGCAAACCCCGUCUUUUCCACCGGGUACUCACCCGGAAGUAAUCCGGAGCUUUCAGAUGGCUGAUUUGGAUCGGAGUGGGUUUAUUGACGCUAAGGAAUUACAACAGGCUCUCUCAAAUGGUUACCAGAAGUUUAGUAUUCGGACUGUCCGUUUGCUUAUGUUUCAGUUUCGCAAUCCUAACGACCCUUUCAGAACCGGUCCCAAAGAGUUCGCUGAGUUAUGGAGUUGUCUUGGUCAAUGGCGGGCUAUAUUUGAGAGAUUUGAUAGGGACCGAAGUGGAAAGAUUGAUCUAGCAGAACUAAGAGAUGCCUUAUACAGUCUUGGAUAUGCAAUUCCACCCUCUGUCCUACAACUUAUCAUUUCAAAAUAUGAUGACCAAAGUGGAAGGAGGGUUGAUCUUUCUUUUGACAGUUUUGUUGAGUGUGGAAUGAUUGUGAAGGGUUUGACAGAGAAAUUCAAGGAGAAGGAUACACGGUAUACAGGUUCAGCUACUCUUUCAUACGAGACAUUUAUGACCAUGGUUAUCCCAUUUCUCGCAGCCGAAUAGGCAGAUGUAUAACUUGUGUAGCUAGUAGCUUCUUUCUAGCAUUUGUGGAUUGGUUUUAGUGAUGUAAACACGGGAAGGUUGUUGGACACGUUGUGUUCUCUAUUAUCAAGGGUUAUUGGCUGUUA